AUGAUUGUUCAUGAGAUCUCAAAAUCAUCUCUAUUGGAUCUCUUCGUAUUCGUCAGAGAAAUGGAUAGCAAGGAGCAAAGUGAGAAACUGAAGAAAUAUGAAGCUCAAUACGCCAAUUACUUGAAAACAAAGUACUUCUCCGAUAAGGAUAUCUAUGGAGGUAAUAUUUUUGAAGAGAAGACAACGAUAGGCGGAAUGACAAUUAGGGCAAGCAGUGAGCCUGGGACUAGAUCUUAUGCCGAUCCUGUUGGAUAUUGGAAUGAGAAGUAUGUGCCUCGUGUAGAGCCUUCAACAGAAACAACAACAACCAACAUUUCAAAUGGAAAUCACUCCUCUAAAAAUAGUGCUUAAUGUCAAUCUGUCUGUAAAUCGUAUGCAUAUUUAGGCAGUUUUUAAUGAUGCAAAAAAUAUUUGUCGGAUAAAAGUAAAAGUUGUUAAUUGGUGGUAUUUAACCAGGUUGUAACUCACUAAAG